GUCUGCUAUAAAUGUAGAUUCCCCUCUUUUUCGGUCUGCAGCUUGCUGCCGGACUGAAUGGUUCUCUAUUAAUUGCUUCAAUUGAAUCUUUCAACUCUGUGAUUUCUUUGAAUAUUGAAUGCUAAUACAUACAAUGGGUGAGAUUCAGCCAGAGAUUUACAUUCUCAAUCGAGACGCUGAGGAAUCCGCGCGUCUCAACUGCCAACAUGACUUCCUACUCGAAGUCUACGGAAACAACCUGAUCCAUCCGUCUAUUCCUAAAUCGAACAUUCAGAGCGUCGCGGAUAUUGCAACCGGCACGGGAAUCUGGCUUCGAGAUGCGGCCACCGUGUUAGGCAUGUGGAAUCGCAAUCCUUCGAGUCCAUACUACCUUCACGGCUUUGAUAUUUCAUCAGCCCAGUUCCAGCCCCUCCCUACGCAAACCAACGCAGAAAUCUCCUUAUCCCUGCAGAACUGUCUCGAGCCUUUUUCAUCGGAACAUCAUGGGCGGUAUGAUUUCGUGCAUGUGCGAUUAUUGAUUGGUGCUCUGAGGAAGGGCGAGUACGAGCUCGCCAUAAAAAAUAUAUUCGACAUCCUGAAACCCGGUGGCUACUUCCAAUGGGAAGAAACCGACAUGGACUCCAUCGAAAGCGAUAUAUCCCCCCAACCACCAAGCCUCAUCGAAGCCCGUCGCCUUCUCCUCAGUUCCUUGGACAAAUCUGACCUCUACACAAAACCCGCAGAACACAUCAAGAGCGAAGCAAAAUGCAUCGGCUUUAGCAACCUCCAUAUCGUGGAAUACAGUAGUACUACAAGACCGCAUCUGCGGGACCGGUCCCGUGCUUGGCUUACUCGGGCACUGCAAUCGGUGAUGCCCAUGGCGAUGAUAAGACUUGGAAAGGCAAGUGAGGAAGAUUUUGGUAAGGAAAUGGCCAAGGAAUUGAUGGCUGAGUUUGAGAGCGAGUGUGCUGAGGCAAUUGUGGGAUUAAAUAUGGACAUGGUUAUUGGAAAGAAGCCGGAGCGAUUGGAGAGUGUUCUGUGAAUAAUAAUGUCUUUUUAAUACUGCUAUUGUCGCGAUACAUGAGCGGAUCUGAUAAUGAUAAUUGGGACAUAAUCGGCGUCGUGUGUGGUGACCUCUUCCGAUGUAACGACAAGUCAACACCAUUGUUCUUCCUCAUUCAGCGAACUUUCCAAAUAAACACAACCAGGUAUAUUCAUGAAUCUGAA